GACGUUUGCUUGUUUUAUUUGAACUUUAGGCGAACUCAGUGGUGAGGAAUACAAGAAACAGCUGAUCAACAGUCUUUGCUCAAGCAGAUGGGACCCACAAUGUGUUAUUCACCUGACGACCAUGUUCAGAGUUUCGAUCUAAUGUGGCAACCAAGAAGCAAAACAGGAAGUAAUCGCUGGCGGGAAUUUCAUUACGUGUUACCAAUGACACCGGAGAAUUAACUUGAGCUUUCCCCGCACAAGUUUCAUAAAUAUAAAUUGAAAGUAAAAUUUAAACUUUUGCUGACGACAAGCAGAGGUCGAUUAUGAAGGCUGAAAUUGAUAAAAUAGUUACUUUGUCGGAUGGCGACAGUACAGCUGAACUUCAGAAAUACCUGUCCUCCCUUUCAAACGACGAGCUGAUUACUGUGAUUACUAAUGGUGCAUUAAAGGGUAAAAAGGUCGGUUCCAUGAUCAAAGGCAUAUUUAAGGGCUCACCCUCCAACUCACCUGAAGGGUCAAACCGGAGACUUCUGGUUUAUCAACACUGCAUCCCUCUGUGUGAGUCUGGGGAUCUUCAGACAGAGGUGGCAGCUGAUAUCAUUGGACUGCUGAUGCUGGAAACUCACACACUUACUGGAUCCUGUCUUGCACAACUGGCAUCUCUUUUUGUUGACGCCAUUAAGGUGGGGAAAAUGGGCAGUGGGAAGUCUCUGGAGCUUUUUCCCACUGUCCUUACUGCUCUUUCAGCAUGUGACGCCUUGUCUUAUGGCAAAGGCGAACUCAGUGGUGAGGAAUACAAGAAACAGCUGAUCAACAGUCUUUGCUCAAGCAGAUGGGACCCACAAUGUGUUAUUCACCUGACGACCAUGUUCAGAGAUGUGCCCUUGUCAUCGGAGGAGCUGCAGUUUGUGGUGGAGAUUCUGAGGAUGUUCACCAAACUAGAUCUACAGGAGAUCCCACCACUGGUCUAUCAGCUGCUACUUUUGUCUGCAAAGGGUUGUAAGAAACAGGUCCUGGAAGGAAUCAUUGGUUAUUUUAAGGAACAAGACAUUCGCCAGGAAGAAGAGCAGAAACAUGGAGAGAGUCUGGAUCUAGAGGUUCAGUCCAUCCCUCAGGACCAGUUAAGGCAUGUGGAGGGUACUGCUAUUCUUCACAUUGUGUUUGCUGUACGACUCGACCAUGAUCUCGGGAGAGAAUUUCUUAAAAGCAUUAAGACAUCUUAUGGGGACUUGUGCCCUUUCCGUGUUGCCCUGCUGCUUUCAGUUGCACGUAUCCAGCGUUAUGAAGAGCAGGUGUUUGACCUUUUGAAGGGGGCAAUCAUCAAGAGCUUCAGAGAUGAGCAGCUGCAGCAGGGAUCAAAGUUCCUGCAGGAUCUCCUGCCUGGACACUGCAGUGUGGCUCAGAUGAUACUUGACACAGUCAACAACAGUGUGUUUGGUUGGGAUCAUGUGACCCAUGGGCUGGUGCAGUUGGGAUUCUUCCUUAUGGAUAACUUUGGACCCAAACCUGGACCUUUUGGAAAGACCACAGAAGUAUCUACUUCCAUAGCCCGGACCCCAACUCAGCUAGCAUGCACUGGGGGACAGGUGCUCCUGCAUGGUUUUAAGAUGCACGAGCCUAUUAGAGGAGAGAUCCUAGAGCAAGUCUUGAAUCGAUUGGUCUCCAAGACAGCCUCACCUGUCAGUCAUUACUUAGACCUUUUCUCUGACAUCGUCAUCUCUGCUCCCAUGAUCCUCCUGGAGUCAUCCUCAAAAGUGACGGAGACAUUUGACAACCUGUCAUACCUGCCCCUGGCCACUGUCCAGGGUCUGCUUAAAGCUGUUCAGCCCCUGCUAAAGGUCAGUAUGUCCUUGAAAGACGCUUUGAUUCUAGUUCUCCGUAAGGCCAUGUUUUCCAGCCAACUGGAUGGCAGGAAGUCUGCAGUGACUGGCUUCUUGUUGCUGUUAAAGAACUUCAAAGUGUUGGGUAGUCUGGCCUCCAGCCAGUGUAGUCAGGCAGUCUCCUCAAGCCAGAUCCAAGUGGAUGUUCAUUCUCGUUACAACUCUGCUGCCAAUGAAGCCUUCUGUCUGGAAAUCCUAAGCAGCCUGCGUCGCUGCCUCAGCCAGCAGGCUGAUGUGCGCCUCAUGCUCUAUGAGGGUUUCUAUGAUGUUCUUCGCCGCAACUCUCAACUUGCAAGCUCCAUCAUGCAGACCCUCUUGUCCCAGCUGAGGCGAUACUACGAGCCUGAACAAGACCUUCCCCCGGUGAAACUGGAGCCGUGCAUCACAGCUCUCGGAGACCAAGUCUACCUGCAGGAGCCUCUGGCCCACCUGUUGAGUUGUACUGUACACUGCCUGUUGUCGCUGCAGAACAUGCGCCAGUCAGCCCGCGCCAAUGUUGAAGACAGCGAUGAUGAGGCCGAGGAGGAGGAGGAGGAGGGGUACCUGUCCGAACUGCAGACAAUCCUAGAGAGCAUGACGCGACGCAUGACCAAGAGUGAACUGGAGGACUUUGAACUGGACAAGUCAGCUGAGUUCUCUAUGGGAUCCAGCGUUGGGGUUAAGAAUAACAUCUACGCUGUGCUGGUGAUGGGAGUGUACGAGGUCCUCAUGGAGUUUAGCUUUACUAAAGCAAACUACAGUAAAAGCCACUUUGAGGAGCUCUUGGAGUUGUUUAACCGCUACCACAAGCUUGCUGAGAUCCUGAAGGAGAAAUCCGGGAAGGGUCGUGGUCCCAUGCAAAAGACCCCCCGCAGUUUGCUCUCUUUGGGCUUCAUAUCAACUCUUCUCAGCGUCCUCUUCAGAGACAGUACUCAGAGCAGAGAGGAGGCUCUCUCAGUGCUUCGCUCCAGUGGAGAGUUUGUGCGUUAUGCUCUCAGUGUGGCUGUGCAGAAGAUCCAGCAGCUGGAGGAAACUGGACAUGCAGAAGGCCCAGAUGGACAGAACACAGACAGAACUUUCCGGUUCCUUUGUGACAUGACAAGUGUGCUGAUGUGGCGUUACACCAACAUCCCGAGCACGGUGGAGGAUGCAGGGAAGAAGGAGAAGCGCUCCAGCCUGUCUCUGAUGUGUCUGGAAGGCUUGCUGAGGAUCUUCACAACCUGCCAGCAGCAAUAUCCAGACAGAAUGUCGCAGCUCCUCUCCACCAUGGACGUCUCGGAGGUCAAUGAAGAGCCAGACGGCGGCAGUGCUACAGAGAUGAACUUCUUCUACAUCAGACAGUUUCAGAGGGCGCUGUUCACUCAGUUAAGUGGCGGUGAGGAGGAUUUUAACAGCAAAGAGGCUCAACUACUGGUUAGCAUUUUGAGUGUGCUCUCACGUCAACUAAAGCCAUCCUCCCAACAGUUUGUUCAGAUGAUCACAUGGACUGUGAAAGUCUGCAAGGAGACCAGUUUUGAGGAUCCACCUUUCUCCAAGGGCCUGCUCUCUCUUCUCUUCAGUCUGCACAUUCUCUACAAGAGUCCUGUCAGCCUGCUGCUGGAGCUCUGCCAGGACAUCCACAGCCAACUGGGAGACAUUGAUCAGGAUGUGGAGGUGGAAAAACAAUCCCACUUUGCCAUUAUCAACAUGAAGACUGCCACCUCAGCAGCGCUGCUGGUCCUGUCUCAGGUUGGCCGAGUGCUCGAUGAAGUGGACUGGCUGAUUGCCAGAAAGAAAAGCCAGGCAUCCUCUCACAAAUUGGGCUCAGGGGAAGCCACUCAGACAGCAGGCCAGCAAGAUCCAAUAGAGAAAGCUGUGACCCUGCAGCUCGGGACUCUUUUGACGGCAUUAAACGAGUUGGUGCAAACGGCUCUGCUACCUGGCACCGGCACCAUCACACUGCUGAGAGAACUGAGCCGCACAUACACCAUCCUCACCACACUUGUCAAAUAUUACAUCCAGGUGUGUGCCAGUCAGCACAGCGCACUGCCAGCACGCUUUGAGAAGCUGGUCAAACUGUCUGGCUCCCACCUGACGCCACAGUGCUACUCUUUCAUCACAUACGCACAGAGUGGAGAACUCAGUGGUGGAGGUGCAGAUGACAAGAAGAAAAAGAAAAGGACUGAAGUGAACACUGCUGCCUCAGCUAAACUUCUGCGAGAGACAAAAGCCAUCCCUAACGUGAUCUUCGGCAUUGAGCAGUAUGAGAAAUUCCUCAUCACCCUCUCGAAGAAAUCAAAGGUUAAUCUGAUGCAGUACAUGAAGCUGAGUACCUCAAGAGAUUUCCGCAUCAACGUUGCUACUCUGGACGCAGCCCUGCAGGAGCAGCACGACAGUGAUGAGCCCACAGAGUCACAGGAAGCAGAGGAGACACAAGAACCCAAACAGAAGAAGAGAAAAAAGUGAGGCCCCCCCCAUCCUCAGUAGUGUUCAAUGCACAUGAAUCUCGCUGGCCUUGAAUUGAAGUCGCUGCUGAACUGUUCUGUUACGAGAAGCUCAGCCCACAAAGCUCUAUCUCUUUUUGUUCAGAGAGCCUUUAGUGAUGUCGAUGAUUUGGUAAAUGUCCAGGGCCUCACCUGUGGAAAGUUUGCAUUUAAUAUUAACAAUGUGUUUGUGUUCCUUUAGUAGUAAAAUAAACAAGUCAUUUGUAUACGACAUUUCAUUUCACAACAAGGUUAAUCUCACUUCUAAACGUUCUUUUUCACUGUAGUUUAUAUCCUCCAUUAUUAGACCAAUGUGACUUAUGUUUAAUGACCACACUUCUUGUUUUAAAGAUAUUAUGGUUGUAGCUACGUAAUGGGAAGAUGUGGAUCUAUGUUUUCAGUACACAUACAUGCUUCCUGAGGACAUUUUCAAACUUUGUAAAGUGCUUUAAAGAGGCUGAGAUGAAUGCAGCACGCGCUCCAAUAUUUUUCUUCUUGUUCCGUUUACUCAGACUUUUAUGAAUGUUUGUCUUUAAUUGUGUCUCACAUGGUAUUUAACCUUUUCAGUAAGGAUAUAAACUGAGACUAUGUUGACAGAAUGUGUGUACAUACUACAAAGCAUCCACAAAUUAAAAACGAUGCUCUGUUAUUUCAAUUUUCCUUCUAAUAAGGUUAUAAAAAGCA